GGGCGACCGGGCCGGGGCCGCUGCACGCCGAGGGCGGAGGCCGAGCCGGGCCCCCGCCGCGCCCCGGCGGCUCGCUGCCCCCACACCCGCUCCGCUCCGAGGGCUGGAGGAUGAGUUCCCCGGGGUCCGGAUUUAUGAAAAUAUGCAUCAGCUUAAUACUGUCUUGGAAUUCAUGAGAUGGAAGCAUAGGUCAAAGCUAUUUGGAGAGAAUUGGAAGUACAGUUUUAUAGCCACAUCUCUAAGGAGUGAGGAAAAAGCAAUAAGAGGUGGAGUCAUUGUCAAGUGGUUGUGGCCUUCUACAAGAAAUCUCAUUGAGUAAAGGCUUUUGCGUUAGCGAAAUAAUAGGACCGGUUAUUCAAGGUGACAGUAUAACAGAAAACAUUAAAAUUGAACAAUGACUCGACUAUAUAUUUACAUUAGAUUAUUGGGAACCUAUCUGUUCAUCAUUUCUCAUGUUCAAGGACAGAAUCUAGACAGUAUGCUCCAUGGCACUGGGAUGAAAUCAGACUCCGACCAGAAGAAGUCAGAAAAUGGAGUGACAUUAGCACCAGAGGAUACCUUGCCUUUUUUAAAGUGCUAUUGCUCAGGACACUGCCCAGAUGAUGCUAUUAAUAACACAUGCAUAACUAAUGGUCAUUGCUUUGCCAUCAUAGAAGAAGAUGAUCAGGGAGAAACCACAUUAGCUUCAGGAUGUAUGAAAUAUGAAGGAUCUGAUUUUCAGUGCAAGGAUUCACCAAAAGCCCAGCUUCGCCGUACAAUAGAAUGUUGUCGGACCAAUUUAUGUAACCAGUAUUUACAACCUACACUGCCCCCUGUUGUUAUAGGUCCAUUUUUUGAUGGCAGCAUUCGAUGGCUGGUUGUUCUCAUUUCCAUGGCUGUUUGCAUAAUUGCUAUGAUCAUCUUCUCCAGCUGCUUUUGUUACAAACAUUAUUGCAAGGGUAUCUCAAGCAGACGUCGUUACAAUCGCGAUUUGGAACAGGAUGAAGCAUUUAUUCCAGUGGGAGAAUCAUUAAAAGACCUUAUUGAUCAGUCACAGAGUUCUGGUAGUGGAUCUGGAUUACCAUUAUUGGUUCAGAGAACUAUUGCCAAACAGAUUCAGAUGGUUCGGCAAGUUGGUAAAGGCCGGUAUGGAGAAGUGUGGAUGGGUAAAUGGCGUGGUGAAAAAGUGGCAGUCAAAGUGUUUUUUACCACUGAAGAAGCUAGCUGGUUUCGAGAAACGGAAAUCUACCAAACUGUGCUAAUGCGCCAUGAAAAUAUACUUGGUUUUAUAGCAGCAGAUAUUAAAGGCACAGGUUCCUGGACUCAACUCUAUUUGAUUACUGAUUAUCAUGAAAAUGGAUCUCUCUAUGACUUCCUGAAAUGUGCUACACUAGACACCAGAGCCCUGCUCAAGUUGGCUUAUUCAGCUGCCUGUGGUCUGUGCCACCUCCACACAGAAAUUUAUGGUACCCAAGGAAAGCCUGCAAUUGCUCAUCGAGACCUAAAGAGCAAAAAUAUCCUCAUCAAGAAAAAUGGAAGUUGCUGCAUUGCUGACCUGGGCCUUGCUGUUAAAUUCAACAGUGAUACAAAUGAAGUUGAUGUACCCUUGAAUACCAGAGUGGGAACCAAACGUUAUAUGGCUCCAGAAGUGCUAGAUGAAAGCCUGAAUAAAAAUCAUUUCCAGCCCUAUAUAAUGGCUGACAUCUAUAGCUUUGGCCUGAUCAUUUGGGAAAUGGCUCGUCGUUGUAUCACAGGAGGGAUAGUAGAGGAGUAUCAAUUGCCAUAUUACAACAUGGUACCCAGUGACCCAUCCUAUGAAGAUAUGCGUGAGGUUGUAUGUGUCAAACGUUUGCGGCCAAUUGUGUCUAACCGAUGGAACAGUGAUGAAUGUCUACGAGCAGUUUUGAAGCUGAUGUCAGAAUGCUGGGCCCACAAUCCAGCCUCCAGACUUACAGCAUUGAGAAUCAAGAAGACACUUGCGAAGAUGGUGGAAUCCCAAGAUGUAAAGAUUUGACAGUUAAACCACCCUGAGGACAAAUUCUGGACUGCAAGAACUAUGUUCUCCCAAGAACAGGUGGAAUUAGCAUGGAAUAAGGAUGUUGACUUGGUUCUCAGACUCUUUCCUCACUACACCUUCACAGGCUGCUAACAUUAAACCUUUCAGUACUCUUGUAGACGACAAGCUGGAAACUUCUAAACACUUCAUUCUUCACAUGUGGACAGCUUUAUUUUAAAUGUGGUUUUUGAUGCCUUCUUUUUUUUAUUGGAUUUUUAUGAACUGCAUCAAAACUUCAGUCCUGAUGAAUAAGUCUCCAGUCAAACUCUGGGUACUGAAUUGCCUGUUCAUAAAAUGGUGCUUUCUGUGAAAGCCUUAGAAGCUAAAUGAGUUCAGCAGAGAUGGAGAAAUACACACUUUUGCCUUCUACCUGAGAAAAUUAAAUUUGUUUGUAUCCUACCUUUGUAAAACAGCCUAUAGAUUGUGAUCUCUUUGGAAUUCUGCUUAGUUCAUGAUAGUGCAUCAUGCUUUCCUGGAUGACGGUGUGUGUGUGUGUGUGCAUGUGCACACAUACACCAGUAUUCCUCUGCUGCCAUUUGAAUUAGAAGAAAAUAAUUUAUAAAUGCACAGGAAGAUGUUGGUGGCUGGUGUUUUUGUGCUUUAAAAAUGCAAUAUCUGACCAGGAUUCGCCAAUUUCAUAAAAGCCAUUUACCUUGCAAUUAAGGUAGCUUCCCGCCAACUAUAUCUUUUACCAUAUAAUUGCUAUGAAAGCCAAAAGAAGUUUAAAGUGUUUGUAAAUUUGGACUAUUUUCCUUCUACCACCAUCUUUUUUUUUUUUUUUUGGUAAUUAUUUUGUCAUGAGAAGCAUUCUAUCCAAAGUUGUAGCUUCUAAUGCCAUGAACCAUGCUUAUAAACACUUCUUAUUGAAGUGAAUUAUUGCAUUUGAUAGCAAUGUAAGUGCCUAUAAUCAUGUUCUGUAUUCUUUAUUCUCAGUAACUUUUAAAAGGGAAGUUAUUUAUAUUUUGUGUGUAAUGUGCUUUAUUUGCAAAACACCUGCUCUUUUACAACCAUAUUUUAUAUAUGUACAUACAUUUACACUACAGAAACCAGCUCACAUGUACCUCACAUCCUUAAAGGAAAAAAUGUUCUAAAGUACAACUUCAUUUGAGUUUUUUCAGAAUUAAUGUAUCCAGAGUAACAUUAAAUCCUGGACUUCAUUAACUUCAAGCAAAACUUCAUUAAGAUAAUGCCCAUCUGAGUUUUCCUUUAUAAAAGGAUGCUAUAAUUAGGAAUUUAUGUCAGAGCUAACAUAAGUUUAUCAAUGAUUCUUAAGUAUGUUUUUGACAUAGAUUUAAUCAUUUGAUAUAUUUGGUUUUACAGUUUAUAGUCCCAAAUUUGUGAAGACAAUGAAGGGUAAGGCAAAAACUGAGUAUUUAGUACCCUCAUCUACACUGUAUAGCUGUUAUUCAGUAAAAUGAUAGAUAUUUUAUAGAGGCUUUGUUAUCUCGAGGAAUACUGAUUUACUUAAACGCAUUAUGUUUCUAUAGUAUCUUUUAAAUAUUAAUCUCCUAAACAGCCAACUCAUGAGAGCAUCAAGUAAAACAAAUUACUUUGAAUGGAACAUGAAAUAAAAUGAUUGUGUCACAACAUAGUGAAAAAGUUCAAACUUUUAAAAAAUUUUUAGAAAGAAGAAAAAAGCUUAAAGGGGGGAAAACCAGAGCAUGUGCCCACCUAUCACCAAAAACUUGACUGUCAUCUGAAGCUAAAAUUAAUAUAUUGUCUAACACACGUUAGAUGGAUAAGUUUCAUUUAACAAAAAGUUUGAAGGUUCAUUAAGAAAUAAAUUUGCAUAUUGAUAUUACCCCAGAACUUGCUUUUUCAGAAUGUGUUUCCCAUCCAUACACUGAGAAAUACAGAUAUUUUAAUCAGGAUUACCAUGUGAUUGGAGACAAGUAAGAAAAACUUAAUUUACGUAGUCCAAGUUAACCAUGAUUUAUUUUUGCUUUGAUAACUGUCAAUCUUAAAAAUUAUUUAGCAUCUUAAUAAUGAAGAGAAUAUGUAUAGAAAGACAAACUUUAUUCUUAGAAAUGUUUUUUAAAUGGUGUGUGUAGCUGGGCACAGUUGGUGCAUGACUAUAAUCCCAGUGACUCCAGAGGCUGAGGCAGGAGGAUUGCAAGUUUAAAGUCAGCCUCAGCAAUUUAUUGAGGCCGUAAGCAACUUAAUGAGGCCAUGUCUCAAAAUAGAAAGGGCUGAGGAUGUGGCUCAGUGGUUAAGGGCCCUUGAGUUCAAUCACAGUACCCACCCCCACUCCCCUGCAAAAAAAAAAAAAAAAAAGUGGAUGUAGCCACUGUAAAGAUUUUUUUAAAACAAACUCGAUCUAGUAAAAGUGGUAUCAAGAAUUAACCUUAGAAACAUGGUCAAUAAAACAUUUUCUAGUAUAACAUGUUUGUUAAAAAACAAAUGCUAGCCAGGCAUGAUGGUGCACACCUGUAAUACCAGCAGUUUGGGAGGCUGAGACAGGAAGAUCUUGAGUUGAAAGCCAGCCUCAACAAGGGCAAGGCAGUAAGCAAUUCGGUGAGACCCUGUCUCUAAAGAAAAUACAAAAUUGGGCUGGGGAUGUGGCUUAGUGGUUGAGUGCCCCUGAGUUCAAUCCCCCAUAACCCCUCCCCCCCCCUCCAAAAAGCAAAUGCUGCCAUAUUUACAAUCCUAAAAUCUAAAAACCUUUCAUGAAACUUAUUUUCUUCUUUCACCCUUUUACUUUUAAGUUUGAAGUUCAUGCAGUAAAUGAAAUAUUUAAAGACUAGUAAGAAGUAUUAUAUAGUACCAUAGUUAAUAAUUUGUAAAAUGCUGGAAGCCAUUAUUUGGCCCCACUUAUAAUUUAGCAUUCAAAAAAAUGUGGCUUUACACAGUUAUUCCUUUAAAUAAUUAAAACAUAAAAACUUCAAAAAUCAAAACUACCAGAAUAUAAAAAGCAAAAGUUAACCCUCAAAGAAAAUUCUUUUCAUGAAUUCUCUUUGUGCUUCUAUUCAAUAGCAUUAAAAGCAUAUUAAGAUUCCUUCAGGAUUGAGGGUAUGGCUUAGUGGUAGAGCACUUGUUUAAUAUGUGUGAGGCCCUGGGUUAAAUCCCCAAUGUAGUGCCUGCCCCCCCACCAAAAAAACAAUUACUUCAGUUUGUUUAUUCUAAACUUUUUUUUUUUUCUUUUUUGGCAGCACUGGAGAUCAAACCCAAGGCCUUUUUUUUUUUUUUAAUUUUGUUUUAGUUAUACAUAGGCAAGAUAAUCAUUAUUUUGUUUGUUUAUUUUUUUGUGGUGCUGAGGAUCCAACCCAGUGCCUCACGUGUGCAAGGCAAGUGCUCUGCCACUGAGCCACAACCCUAGCCCCCAAACCCAAGACCUUUAUGUGCUAGGCAAGUGCUCUACUACUGAGCUACAUCCCAGCCCUACUGUGCUUUCUUAUUGAACAAGUUUUGGAAAUAUAAAGUUUAAAUCUGAUUUCUCUGGAAUUAUUUUCACAAAAGAAAUCUUAAUCAACAUGUUAGGUUGCCUUCCCAAUGUCCAGAAGUGCUUCUAAAUUUAGAAAGUGACUUUUCUUUUUAUGUUUUCCUAGAAUGUGCCAUGUUUUUAUGUAUGCACAAAUAUUCAAUACUUUUUUUCAGAUGCUUUUUUCUCUUUAGAACAAAAAUAUAAUACAGUUUUUAAAGACACAUGCAUUUCUGAGUUGUCCCAAGAUCACAUUUGACAUUAAUUAAAACACAUUUCAUUUCAACAUUUCAUAUUGUUUUGAAAUGUUUUUAAACUUCUAAAAUAAUUUCAAUAGAAAUAUUGAUUUAUAAAAGAAAUUGUUGUAGUCCUUGUACUGUUUAAAAGUGGUAAUAUCAUUGAUUGGGUCAGAUGUUAAAGUGGCAGUGUAGCAGUUCAAAAUCUUGCCUCAGUAUUGUUAGGAGAGUCACAAUGGAAACUGCAGAGAGGAAAUAUGUUCCUAAGAACCAAAUUAAAUCUAGAGCAGCAGCUUAUGAAUCCACAUGGAAGGAUUAUCCCAUGAAGACAAUACGUGAAUGUGGCUUUUGCAAAGGAUUAAGUAUACUGUAAUUUAAGCUUGUGCUCUCUACUCCGCUUUCAAUGGAAUUAUUUAAGCUCUUUUAGUGACAUUUGUCCUUUCCCACUUAAAAACUAAAAUGUAGUAUAUGUUGUAUAAAAUGAAAAUAUCGUUAUAGCUUAAUUAGGAAACUGUACAUAGGCAUUGAAAAAAGGGUUUAAAAAAAGCAGUUUUAUUAUGCAAUUGUAAAACACCAAAAACAUAGAUUCAUGUUUGAUAUGUAACACACUAAAUGUAUUUUGUACAGCAUCUGGUUUAAAAGGUGCCUUAAGUUUACCAUUAAUUGCUUUGUUCUAUUUUCAGAUUAUGUCCUAUGUAUCAUUUUUAAGUAAAUAACCUUAUUUUAGUAUA